GACGUCUAAAACGUCAGUUGUGUCAUCCCCGGUAUCAGUCUCUACUCUAUCCUUCGUGUUUUGAUUUAUUUUUCUCAACAAUUAAUCGAAAUCUUUCAUAAUACGAACCAGUCAGCAUCAUGAUGUUGCAAAGAGCCAAAACUCUCUGUCCAAUACUCACACCGACAUGCUUAUCGAGUAGACAAUUUCACGUUUCACCCAUAUGCGAAAGAGUUCAAGCAGCCCGAUACAAAAUAACACCGAAACGUGACAGACCUCUGACAUAUGAAAUGGCAAAUCCUCCACACUUUAUCGCUGAUAGGAAGGCUUGGAACUCCUGGAACGUUUCGAGCUUACCGGGCGGUCUGCGACCGUCGGAAACAACAAUAGAAGAUCUAUUCAUUCGUAAAUUUAUGGUUGGAACAUUUCAUAAUUUAGUCUGUUCGGAAGUGAUUAUUAAGCGUCAACACAAUCACAUUCGGAUCGCAGCUAUUUUAGCACAGGCUAUUACAGCGAGAAAAAUGUAUUUCCUCAUUGGGUACACGGAAGAGCUGCUGUCCUCCUGGUUACAGUGUCCCGUAACGCUCGAAGUACAGACCAUAGAAGAUAGAAAGGAGGUGAUAUUCAAGUAUAUCUAGAGGACGUUGUUAUUUGAUCGAUUUAGAAUUAAAGGCUAGAUUCACGACUGGA